AUGCCGCCCAAAAAGGUGUCACUUCCACCGAAUCCUCCGCCGGAUCCGUCCCAGUCGAUCCCGCUUCAGUACACCACCUUCUUCUCGGUAGCACCGCUCAACGCCAAGAACGUCUCAUCCUCCUACCUCAAGACAGAGGCGCAGACAUGGAUCUCGCGCUCUCAAGCCGCCGCUCAAUCGCUCGGCUCCAGCAAGAAACGCCGGAUCGACGUGCUGAGAGAUGGUGCAGAUGGUGCCGAUGCCAGCAUCAACAUGGAUGACGACGACGAUCUCGACGCCGACGAAGGCGAAGCAGAAGCAGCCGAGAACACGCCUGCGCAUAGGACUAUUGUGAUUCAUCCGGGCUCGCAGAACUUGCGUUUGGGUCGAGCCACCGAUCUCUUCCCCAUCACAUUGCCAAAUGUAAUCGCGCGUCGAGCAAAGAAGGAGGCUCCGGCACCGCCAUCCACACCUGCUGCAGCCAGCAGCAUGGACGCGGCGAGCACAUCAGCAGCCAAGACAUCGGCCGGAGAUGACAUGGACGUGGACGUGGUCGACCCACAAAAUUCCAAGGGGGGCACGGACGGAUCCGACGACGAAGAUGAGGAGUCCUCGAAAUCUUUGCGCAAGAAUCCACGAAGAUCAGCCGCCAACGGAUCCGCCACAGACAAGCACUCAUCCAGCUCUUCAGCUCCCCGCGAAGAUGAUCUCGAAAGCGCCAAAGCUUCGCUCGACGUAGGCAUCGAGGCGAUCCGGAACGACCUUCGAGCCAUCAUGCGUCAGGAAAAGCUCCGCUCCGUCGGAAACGCCAAGAACCUCGCUGCCAAUUAUAACGACAGCUCCCAGCCUGAAGACGUGCCAGAGCACAACGACCUUUUCGGCCUCGAAUGGACCGAUGAGGACGCUGGCGGUGCCAACAAUGUACUCGUCGGCGAGCAGGCCCUUCGCCUUGCGUGCUUCUCUCAGCCCAAAACAGCAGAGCCCAAGCAGCAAGGGCAACGGCGUCAACAGCAGCAGCAGCUUUCCACCAUCAAGCCGCUCUCGCCUCCCGACUCGGCCCGACCAUGGACACUCUUCCGUCCCUUCAAGCGAGGCUCUCUGGACCUCAACGCCUACGAGCAGCACUAUGGCGCCUCUGCUGCCGUGCAAGCCCUUCUCGGAGACGUCCGCACCAUCUUCGAGCAUGCCAUCACUUCACCGCCCGAAGACACCGACGAGAGGCAAGAGACCGGAAAGGUGGCACCGAUCGGACUCGGCAUUCCGCGAGACGAAUUUGGCACCUGCACUGUCAUCCUUGUCGUGCCAGACCUGUUUUGCCGCUCCGACGUCAAGGCGCUUGUCGAGCUGCUGCUGAUCGACAUGGGCUUUGCGCAGGCGUGCAUUCAGCAAGAGAGCGUUUGCGCUACGUUCGGUGCCGGUCUCUCCUCCGGAUGCGUCGUCGACAUGGGUUCGGAAAAGAUAUCGAUCUCUUGUGUCGAAGAAGGACUCAUCCUGCCAGAGACACGCAUCCAGCUCGCGUAUGGCGGCAACGACGUCGCCAACUUCCUCGCCGAGCUUUUUCUCAGAUCCAAGUUCCCCUAUCGAGAGCUGGACUACCGGUCUAGCAUCGCCGACAGCAUGUUGAUCGACGAGCUCAAGUGCAAGCUGGUGACGCUCAAUCCAGCAGAUGUGGGACUCAACAUCCACGACUUCUACCUCAGGUUGCCAUCGCGGCCGACGUUGAAAUAUCUCUUCAGGACCUACGACGAGCUGAUCAUGGGGCCGAUGAGUCUGUUCGAUCCGGCCGUGUUUGACCUGGAUGGCAAGCCGAGGAUCAAGGGCAACUCGGAAGCAUUUGCAAAGGAAGACGAGGGGCAGGAUGAGGGCAUUGCGGAGGAUCUGACGGAACUGAGCGUGUUGCAUGGCUUGGACGUACCCGUGACCGGCGCCAUGACUUCCUGCGUCAAGCAUCUCUUGCCAACACCACCAGCGCCCACUGCCUCUGUGGCAACGUCGGCAAAGACUGGUACUGGUACAGACGCAGCCGCAGGUGGAUCCGAGAUCGGUACACCGGCUCCCCUGGAUGAUGUCAAGAGCAAGACGGACGCUGAUGAUGCGACGGCUUCCAGAGCAGCUUCGCCUGCUGCAGAAGCUAAGACCACUGAGACAGGGCUCGGCGUCGAUGCUAGCAGCACGCUUCCGUCGGCCGACGCAUCCGCCCGCCCUUCUCCCACACCACAGCCGUCCGCCGCCGGUGCUGGCCCAGCAGAAGAUGUCGAGCCGCCCACACCAGCCGGUCCUACGAUCGACAUCCACUACGAGGCCUCCAAGACCUCUCUCGACCAAGCCAUCCUCAACUCGCUCCUCACCUCGAUCGGUCAAGUCGGGCCUGCAGGCGAUGAGCGUCUGCGAAAAAUGUCGAACAACAUCCUGUGCGUGGGAGGAACCGCGCGCAUCCCCGGUCUCGGUGCAGCGCUCGAAGCCAGGCUGACCUCGAUGAUGGGCAGCCACUUCCACGCUACGACGGGCGACGCUAACAACGCUCCGAAGGUGACACUGAUCCCGCCUCCGAGAGACAUGGAUCCCCAGGUGUUGGCGUGGAAGGGUAUGAGUGUGUUUGCAAGACUGGAGGCUGCGAGUCAAGAGUUGUGUUUGAGGAGGGAGGAUUGGAUGUUGUUUGGGUGGAGAGCGUUGAGGGAGAAGACGCUCUUUCUUUAA